AUGAAGGCCACAAACUACACAAACACUCAUCAAAUCAAAACUAAUGACAUUUACAGAACCUUAGUGGCACAAAACACAGUUGCAAACAACCAUGACCACUUCAUAACAUACUACCUUGACCUAGACAUUGACGGUGUCCAAAACUCACGUGUUAAGUCCAAGCUCAAAACCGUUAAGGACGAAAAUGCCCUCUCGCAGAAAAAGUUACUGGAAAGUUUCUACAAAGACUUUCCAACGGAGAACGAAGCACGGGUUCGGGUCGGUCUAUCAAUUGUUAAUCCUUAUAAGCAAACGAGGAUUGGGAAUCCCGUGAGUUACAGGCUGAUUACUGGACAGUCGGCUAUUUCCCUUCUUACGGAGGACGAUUAUCCACAAAUUAGGGCGUCUUACACUGAGUACCAAAUUUGGGCGACUUGUUAUAACAAGUCAGAGAGGUGGGCCGGAGGGUUUUACGCGGACCGGAGUCAAGGAGAUGAUGGAUUGGCCAUAUGGAGCAAAAGGUAA